AUGGGAUUCGGCUUUUACGGUCGAGCCUUCACACUUGCGGAUCCCAGCUGCUCGAAGCCUGUAUGCCCAUUUAGCGGCGCUUCGAAAGCCGGACCCUGUACACAAACCGGGAGAAUGCUGGGCUAUUAUGAGAUCAUGGACGCGCUUAACUCUGAUAGCCAAAUCACACUGACACAUGAUACGCAAGAUGCAGUCAACUAUUUCACCUUUGACAAGGACCAGUGGAUAUCGUACGACAAUGCCGUGACUUUCAAACAAAAGGUAGACUGGGCGAACGGCAUUGGCCUGGGGGGUGCUCUCAUAUGGGCGUCUGAUCUUGACGAUGACAAGUAUUCCGCCCAUUCUGGACUUGUGGGACGGCCGGUUUUGUCGAAUUCAGAUAUCAAGGCCGUGGACAAGGCACUGUCCAAUCCGAAAGCUUUGAUCGAAGAUCUUGCUGGAUCCAACGUGCUAUGCAACAAGCCUGUGGAUCUGGAUUCACGCCAGUGGGUUGGGAUGAUGCCGGAUGCGGUAAAAAGAAUUGUCACUGCGGCAAGCCCAUUUGCUGUCCAACCCGUGAAGCACCUAAAGGGUGCAUCUUCCGACUGCAGUGCACAGUGCCGGCCCGGAGAGACAAACAUGAAGGGAAUCAGGUCAUCAUGGGGAGGCGGAUUUAAGAAUGAUGGGAACACAGAUAAAUGUGGCCGCGGUUAUAAAGUCUCCUGCUGCCCGAAUCCAGAUGCAGGCCAGCUCACAGCUCAGUGUGCCUAUGCACCAUGGUAUGUUUCCUAG